ACAGUGAAUUUUAAGUGAAAUAAUCUGUCUGUUAAAAAUGGUUGGAAAAAUGACUUGUAUUUAAUACCAGAGCUAUUGAUGUGAUCCUUUCUGAUUCGGCAGCUUAGACGAGUGGCAGAAUGCACUGAUUGAAGCAAACAGUUGCACUAACGGUUCAAAAAGACGAGCUGGAAAAUGUUUGCUCCUAAUGUUGGAAAGUUGGAUGUGCACCGUGCAGCCAUUUCGCUGUCAUCUACUUUGAAAAGGUCAGGAGUUGGAGCCAGCGAAACUGGAGAUAUGAAUGAGUGUGAGGAGACCAACGGUGGCUGUGAGACUUUGCGCUGCAACACCAUUGGCAGCUUCUACUGCAAGUGUUCACUCGGCCAGGUGCACAGGGAGGACGGCAAGACCUGCCAAGAUGUUGACGAAUGUCAGGUCCACAACGGAGGCUGCCACCACCGAUGUGUCAACACCAGAAGCUCGUUCUACUGCGAAUGCAACCCAGGCACCCGCCUGCACACAGAUGGCCGGACAUGCAUUGCCGUCCAGUCCUGUGCUGUCAGAAAUGGAGGCUGUGAGCAGGACUGUGUGCAGCUGUCCCCAGAUCACUACCAGUGUCACUGCAGACCCAACUAUCAUCUUGCAGAGGACAGCAAACACUGCAAGUUGAGAAACCCGUGUGCAGACAGAAAUGGAGGCUGUGUGCACACCUGUAGAAAUGAAGGAGGACGAUCUCAGUGUGACUGUCGUCCUGGAUAUACACUUGCACAGGAUGGCAAAAACUGUGAAGACAUCGAUGAGUGUGAGACAGGCCAAACUCCCUGUGCCCACGGAUGCCAUAACACCCAGGGUUCCUUUACCUGUGUCUGUAACCCAGCAUACAAGUUGGGUGCCAACGGCAGGAAAUGCUAUCGUAUCGAGAUGGAGAUUGUGAACGGUUGUGAGACUGCCAACGGAGGCUGUUCCCAAAAGUGCCAACACUCCGCCCUCGGACCUGUCUGCAGCUGUAACCAUGGUUACCAUCUGGACGAUGACCUCAGGACAUGUGUGGACUUGGACGAGUGCGAGACGGGAAGCUCGUGCUGCGAGCAGGACUGUACGAACUAUCCCGGGGGUUAUGAAUGCUACUGCGGGGCUGGCCACCGUCUCAACUCGGAUGGGUGUGGCUGUGAUGAUGUGGAUGAGUGUCUGGUAGACAACGGAGGCUGUGACCAUACCUGCCAGAACACAGCCGGCUCCUUCCAGUGCUACUGUCGCCUCGGACACCGGCUAAACGAGAACCGUCUCUCCUGUAUUCCCCUGGAGCGCGCAGUAGAGCUGUUGGAGUGGAGCGGCCGCAUCGCGGUGAAGCUCCCUCCACCCCAGUUCACCCUGCUGAAUGACAACUUCCAGCCGCUGGAGCGCUAUGACGACUAUGAGGAGGACGGCCUGGGAGAGCUCCGGGCCCAGAGCACCCUCACCAAGACCUUUGUGUGUUUAAACGAAACGUUUGGCCAUGACUGCAGCCUGACGUGUGACGACUGCUCCAACGGUGGUGUGUGUGACCUGGAGGAGGGACGUUGUGACUGCCCUGAUGGGUGGACAGGCCUUGUCUGCAACCAGACUUGUCUAGAGGGCACAUUUGGCAGGAACUGCCUCUUCAGCUGUAAGUGUAAGAAUGGUGCCACCUGUGACCCUGUGAGCGGUCACUGUCGCUGCCCACCUGGAGUCAGUGGGGAUCUGUGCCAGGAUGGCUGUCCUAGCGGUCUGUAUGGGAAACUUUGCAAUAAGAAGUGUAACUGUGCCAAUAACGGGCGCUGCCAUCGGACCUACGGAGCCUGCCUGUGUGACCCUGGGCUCUAUGGGCGUUUCUGUCACCUACCGUGUCCUAAGUGGGCAUACGGCCCUGGCUGCUCGGAGGAGUGCCAGUGUUUCCAACAGAACACCCUGGAGUGCCACCGCCGCCAUGGCUCCUGUGUCUGCAAACCAGGCUACCAGGGCAAGAACUGCCAGGAGGAAUGUGACAGAGGAUACUAUGGCCUUGCCUGCAAGAGGACAUGUGGGUGUCCAUCAGGGGUACCCUGUGAUGGCGUGACAGGGGAGUGUCUGCGCCAGUGCCCGCCUGGUUUCCAUGGGGACAACUGUGACCUAGACUGCCUGAAGGGGCGCUACGGGGCUGGAUGUAACCAAUCGUGCCACUGCUCUGGCGCUCCAUGUGACAAGGUGACAGGACGGUGCCACUGUCUUGACGGUGUGACUGGACAGCACUGUGAGACUGAGUGUGAGGAGGGUCGAUGGGGUGUGGGCUGCUCAGGCUCCUGUCCUGACUGUCAGAACGGGGGAGUGUGUGACAAACACAAUGGAACGUGCCGUUGCCAACCUGGAUACAUGGGCACCCUUUGUCAGAGUGUCUGCCCGUUGGGUAGAUUUGGCCUGGGUUGCCAGCUACGCUGUCGGUGCGAUAACGGUGGGCGCUGCCACCCGUUGACGGGCCGCUGUGCCUGUCCUGAAGGAUGGACUGGACCCAGCUGCAGUAGAGGGUGUGACGCCGGGCGUUGGGGGGUGGACUGUGCCAACGUGUGUGAGUGCCCGGACAACGAUGGCAGCUGCGACCUCAUCACGGGACAGUGUCGCUGUGAGGCGGGCUACACAGGACCACGCUGCCAACAGAAGUGCCCAGAGGGCUCCUUCGGCGCUGGCUGCAGACGCAGGUGCCAAUGUGCCAAUGAGGCGGCCUGUGAGCAUAUGGGUGGAGCCUGCACCUGCCUGCCUGGUUGGACAGGCACCUACUGUGAAAAACCGUGCCCUGAAGGAUUCCAUGGGCUGGAGUGUCAGCAGCAGUGUCAGUGUUCUAAUGGGGGGAGAUGUGACCACCUGUCAGGGGCCUGCCACUGUCCAGACGGCUGGGUCGGAUCACAAUGCAACACCACAUGCCAAGCAGGGUGGUUUGGCAGUGGGUGUCAACACACCUGUGAGUGCUGUAAUAAUGCCAGCUGUGACCCUGUGAGCGGGCAGUGCCAGUGUAUGCCAGGCUGGACCGGCACCAGCUGUGAGAAAGCAUGUCUAGAAGGCUUCUAUGGGUCAGACUGCCUGCAUCACUGCCUGUGUCAGAAUGGUGGUGUGUGUGAUCGUUUCUCCGGGGGAUGCUCGUGCCCCAGCGGGUGGACCGGGGCGGCCUGCGAACUGGAGUGUGCCCAUGGCUGGUUUGGGGCGGACUGUGCUCAGCCCUGUGCGUGUCUGAACAGUGGUGUGUGUGACCGUCACAGUGGAGAGUGCAGCUGUGGCCCAGGCUGGGUAGGACAGCACUGUCAGACAGCAUGUGAGGCUGGCCUGUUUGGCCCAGGGUGUGAGGAGCAGUGUCGAUGUAAACAUGGGCCCGUGUGUGACCACGUCAGCGGAGUGUGUGUGUGUCCUCCUGGCUGGAGGGGACCUCUAUGUGACAGAGCCUGUCUACCUGGCUCCUAUGGGAAGGACUGUGUGCUACGUUGUAACUGUCCCCACGGCACUUCCUGCAACCACGUUUCCGGCGAGUGUGGCUGUCCUCCUGGAUACACUGGCAACGGCUGUGAGCAGAUAUGCCAGCCUGGCACAUAUGGGCUGAACUGUAACCAGGUGUGCCAGUGCCCUGGCACCAACCAGCUAUGCCACCCUGACACCGGCCUCUGCUACUGCACCCCCGGUUACCAUGGUUACAACUGUAAUCAAGAGUGUGACAAAGGACGGUACGGCCCAAACUGCGAGCGGCUGUGCCAAUGUAGGAAUGCUGGUGUGUGCCAGACCACCACAGGCACCUGCCAGUGCCUGUCUGGCUACAUCGGAGCAGACUGCAACAUCACUUGCCCAUCAGGGCGUUAUGGGCAGGACUGUGCCAAGGUGGCUUUGUGUGGGAAGGGGGCAAGGAGUGACCCAGAGACGGGCAGGUGUGUGUGCAAGGUCGGCCAGCGGGGGGAAGACUGCGGACAGGGUUGUGCCCAGGGUUGGUAUGGGGUGGACUGUGGCCAGCGCUGUAACUGCCGUAACAGUGGUAUGUGUGACCCAGUCUCUGGAGGCUGCACCUGCGGACUAGGCUGGACCGGACCCAGCUGUGACAGAGAGUGCCCCUUGGGGAGUUACGGGGCCAACUGCAAACUGCGGUGUGAUUGUAAUAACAAUGGGACGUGCGAUAGAGUGACGGGAGAGUGCCGGUGUGACCCGGGAUACUACGGUCACCUGUGUGAACACGCCUGCCCUGCUGGUUUCCAUGGCCACCGCUGUCAGUUCCAGUGUAAGUGUCGAGGCCACGCCCCCUGUGACCCCAGCACAGGGCACUGUCUCUGCCCUCCUGGUUACCAUGGAUACCGCUGUGAGAAAGAGUGUGAGCAGCGUCGUUUCGGGGUGGGCUGCAUCCAGUCAUGUGACUGCGAAGGGGACACCCCAUGUGACCCCAUGACCGGCCGUUGUCUGUGCCCCCCAGGGAAGAUGGGCACGCAUUGCGACACAGAUUGUCCAGUGAACCGCUACGGCCCGGACUGUUCUGAGAGCUGUGAGUGCAGGAAUGGGGGGUGGUGUGACCCACGGAACGGCCGCUGCACCUGUCUACAUGGCUGGAUAGGACCCACCUGUCAGGAAGGAGGGUCCCUCACGUCUCCACAGCUGGGCAACAGAAAUCAAGAAAAGAGUCACUCACACACUGUCCCAGUAUAGCACCCCCUACUGACUGACCCCCAGCCUCAUACAACUGCGGCCUACUGGUCACUUCUAGAGAUCACAGAGGUCAAAACUGAACUGAAGCACUCUCAAAACAACAACAUACUGUUUUGUACAGAGAAGGGAGUGCUAUGGCAGGGCCUUGGUGAACUAAAGGGACUUCUGAACUGGAGGUGCCAUUUUGCAGCGUUGUCUAAUCGCAGACUUUGUGGAGUUCAGAUAACACACUACCCAUGACAUCACGGGGAUGACUGUCCUAUACUCCAUCUUACAGGGUGGACUCUUAAAUGUGCUCCAGAGUUAACAGGCUGGGAUAAUUGUUUUUGCCUGCCCUGGAUAAGAGGACAUUUCUGGGUCAAAUGCCAAAAAGGAUAAAGUCAUGCGAGGUUUACAGAAUGAUUUACUGUAAAAUACAGUUGUUGAAUAUCAUGUACCAUGCUUUAACAGUUGUGUAUUUGUGUGUACAUUGCAUGUAUGUUGUGUGUAUGUAAAUGUGUUCAUGUCUACAAUUCAAUCGUGUUGUAAGUAUACUCACGAUAUGGUCGUACCGCAUUGGAAGUCGGUAUUUCUUUGAACAUUGAGGAGAUUUGCUUUACGCUCAUAGCAUCUUCUAAAGUAGUUGUAGUCAUCCUUACUGGCUUCUCCAAAAACAAUAGGCUACUCACACGCAUGGUCCAUUUGAUUUGUAUAUUUACAGCCACCAAUGCACUAUACAGACUCUUAUGGCACAGUUGAUUUAUAAAUCAGAAACCAUUCAGGAUCAUUUUCAUCUGAAUGAAAUGCUCUACAGUAUUUGGGAAACCUGGAAUGGUGAGCAUGACUUGCCCACAGGUCAAUAUGCCUUAGUCUAUACACCUUCUUUUACAUGUACAGUGGGGCAAAAAAAGUAUUUAGUCAGCCACCAAUUGUGCAAGUUCUCCCACUUAAAAAGAUGAGAGGCCUGUAAUUUUCAUCAUAGGUACACUUCAACUACGACAGACAAAAUGAGAAGAAAAAAAAUCCAGAAAAUCAUAUUGUAGGAUUUUUAAUGAAUUUAUUUGCAAAUGAUGGUGGAAAAUAAGUAUUUGGUCAAUAACAAAUGUUUAUCUCAAUACUUUGUUAUAUACCCUUUGUUGCCAAUGACAGAGGUCAAACAUUUUCUGUAAGUCUUCACAAGGUUUUCAUACACUGUUGCUGGUAUUUUGGCCCAUUCCUCCAUGCAGAUCUCCUCUAGAGCAGUGAUGUUUUGGGGCUGUUGCUGGGCAACACAGACUUUCAAUUCCCUCCAAAGAUUUUAUAUGGGGUUGAGAUCUGGAGACUGGCUAGGCCACUCCAGGACCUUGAAAUGCUUCUCAUGAAGCGACUCCUUCGUUGCCCAGGCGGUGUGUUUGGGAUCAUUGUCAUGCUGAAAGACCCAGCCACGUUUCAUCUUCAAUGCCCUUGCUGAUGGAAGGAGGUUUUCACUCAAAAUCUCACGAUACAUGGCCCCCAUUCAUUCUUUCCUUUACACGGAUCAGUCGUCCUGGUCCCUUUGCAGAAAAACAGCCCCACAGCAUGAUGUUUCCACCCCCAUGCUUCACAGUAGGUAUGGUGUUCUUUGGAUGCAACUCAGCAUUCUUUGUCCUCCAAACACGACGAGUUGAGUUUUUACCAAAAAGUUAUAUUUUGAUUUCAUCUGACCAUAUGCCAUUUCCCAAUCUUCUUCUGGAUCAUCCAAAUGCUCUCUAGCAAUCUUCAGACGGGCCUGGACAUGUACUGGCUUAAGCAGGGGGACACGUCUGGCACUGCAGGAUUUGAGUCCCUGACGGCGUAGUGUGUUACUGAUGGUAGGCUUUGUUAAUUUGUUCCCAGCUCUCUGCAGGUCAUUCCCUAGGUCCCCCUGUGUGGUUCUGGGAUUUUUGCUGUCACAGUUGAAGUGUACCUAUGAUGAAAAUGACAGGCCUCUCUCAUCUUUAAGUGGGAGAACUUGCACAAUUGGUGGCUGACUAAAUACUUUUUUGCCCCACUGUAUGUAGAUACUAUAUGAAGUGACAGCUUAUCUGAGAAAUGGAGGGAAAACUGUUUAAUUUUUAAAUUAAAAAAUGAUUGAUUAUAUGUGUACUGCAAAACACAACAUUAGACCACAUUUAGUAAUUAGACUGCAUUUGCUACAUAUCAAGCAAAUGUUAGCAAAGAGUAAAGGGGUCAGUCAUAUGUCAAACCCUACAGAUGCUAUACAUUUACCAAGCCUGAUCCCAGAUCUUUAAGUACAUUAGAAAACUCCUCUGAUUGUAUGGUGUAAGAGUCUUUUUUAGUGGUUAGCUAAAGCAUAUACAGGUAUCAAAUUGACCAUCUAUAUAGAAAAUAUUGAAGUUUUACCUUGGUCAUUGCCAGCUUGUGUGAUCAAACUGCAUCAUCAAGUCAUGUAUGAAGUCAAGAUAUUCUACAUUCUUCCCUGCAUAAGCCUCUGUCACCAUCUUCUGGUGGUGGUGGCUCUCCACAUUACAUAUUGUGAUCUGCCCAGCUUCAUAUAUGAGGGCAGUUAGUUGUAGCCAUUGUUAGAGGACUACUGGUCAAAUGUUUUACAACACCUACUCAUUCAAGGGUUUUUUCUUUAUUAUUACGAUUUUCUACAUUGUAGAAUAAUAGUGAGAUAUAAACUAUGAAAUAACACA